AGUCUAGAUAUCUCGCUCUAUCAAAUUGCAGUGGUGAGAACAUGGGGAACAACAGCUCAUCACUUGCACAUCUGAAUUCGCAACGUAGCUUCGAAAUGGUCAACAUUACCCAGCACGAUGUGAGUUCAGACGAAACUGAAGAAAAGCAGACCGUGUUUAAUAUCUUCCACAUGGAGAAAAAGGAAGAUGCAGGUAUCAUUACGAAGCCGUUGGAGAACAUUAUGACAUGCGAGUACAAUGUCCAGUUCAAGAUAGCUUACUCCCAAAUGAGCGAACCCAAUACUCAUAAAGAACAUCCCAAUGAAGACGACAUUUUUGUUCGACAGUAUGAUCGUAAUGGUGACAACGUUUUUGUCGCUGCAGUACUGGAUGGCCAUCAAGGCAUCAAUGCCCUCAACUACGUCCAGAGCACUCUAUUCGAUGCUCUCUCCAACAUGCUCUUCGAAAACCCCGAAAACAUCCCAGAUCACGUGUGCGAGAUCUUCCAGCAGAUCGACACGACCUACUGCGAGGAAAAAGCCGAGCUCCUCCGCCAAAUCACCGCCCCGUCGCGCCGCGUCUGUUUCUGCGGGUCUCGCCGCUCCGACCUGCAUCAUGAGAAUCUCUUCCUCGGCUGCGGCUGCGUGCUCUCUCUGCUGUGCAUCCACAACAACCAGCUGCUCCUCGCCGGACUGGGCGACUGCGGGAUCGUCUUCAGCAUCGGCGGGCGCGCGCGGUACGCGCUGAACCGGCACAACCCGACGGACGCGCUGGAGAAACAGCGAAUUCUCAUGGCGGGAGGCAGCGUGCUGAACAACCGCGUGGACAACAUGCUGGAGGUUUCGCGGUCGAUCGGCGACGUGUGGUUCAAGAAGUCGUACCAGACGCGGUCGUUCGGCGCGCCGAGCGAUCCGAGGCAGGACGUGGUGAUCGCCGAGCCGGACGUGAAGAUCUACCCGCUGUCGAGCGACGUGGAGUUUUGUAUCAUCGGGAGCGACGGAUUGUUCGCGAGUCUUUCCUUCCAGACCGCCAUCAACGUCGUGAAGGAUUUCAUUUCGCGCGGACGCUCCGGCGAGGACGCCUGUCGCGAGCUCAUCACGCGCGCCCGCGCGUAG